CACAACUUGGCAGAAGAGCAGAGCCAACAAGUCCGGAGCUCCGCACAGUGUCACCCGCAGCCCGGACACUGCAGAAGGGGCCGCCUGGAGCUGUACACAGACUUGUGGAACACAUACAUGCAGGAUCCACAGGGACCUGACGAAAAGGUCCUGACUUCCCGAUGAAAAAAAACAUCCAUUGCUUGCCUUCUUAAGGAAAACCGAUCACCUGGAAUAUAAUCUUCAGGAGUAUUUGUGUGAAUGAAUGAUACUGAAGGAUCCCUUUAAAGGCCUGGAUAUACCUUUUUGUACUUGUUUCAUUCCAUACAAGAAACCAAGAGAGCUUUCUGUGCUUCUCAUGAAGAGUUGUAGGAAGGGGAUGCACUAGGAUGGCUACCGUCGUGCAACCAAAUGAGCUGGUGUUCGAGUUUGCAAGUAAUGUCAUGGCAGAUGACCAUCAGCUUGACGACCCUUCAAUCUUCCCGGCCGUCAUCGUAGAACACAUUCCAAAUGCAGAUUUACUGCACAGCUACUCGGGGUUAACGUGUGUGGAUGAUCCCAUUGACAUGAUCAAUGAGAACUCUCUGGAUGUAGCAGAGGAGCAGAUCAUAGAAGACGACGACCUCACUCUUACAGUUGAAGCUUCUUGUCAAAAUGGCGAUGAGACCAUGGAAACAAUUGAAGCUGCUGAAGCACUUCUCAAUAUGGACUCUCCAGAUGCGUUAUUGGAUGAGAAAAGAUUAGCUAAUAUAUUUGGAACUUCUGAAGAUGAGCUGAUCGUCACUCCGAUCACACACGUGUCCGUCACCGUAGAUGGAAUUCCGGAGGUGAUGGAGAUCCAUCAGAACCUGUAUCAAGAGCCGGUAGAAUCGCCUCCAGAUGAGCAGCCUAAAAGGAAAAAAGGCAGAAAACAAAAAACUACUCGCCCUGAGUCCCCCACCACUACUCCAAAUAUAUCUGUGAAGAAGAAAAGCAAAGAUGGGAAAGGUAAUACCAUUUACCUUUGGGAAUUCUUGUUGGCUUUGCUUCAAGACAAAGCUACCUGUCCAAAGUACAUUAAGUGGACACAGAGAGAAAAAGGCAUCUUCAAACUGGUGGAUUCCAAAGCUGUUUCUAAGCUGUGGGGCAAGCACAAAAACAAGCCUGACAUGAACUAUGAAACAAUGGGGAGAGCACUCAGGUAUUAUUACCAAAGAGGUAUUUUAGCAAAAGUGGAAGGCCAACGUCUUGUCUAUCAGUUCAAAGAAAUGCCAAAGGAUCUCAUAUACAUUGAUGAGGAGGACUCGAGCUCUGCAGAAUACUCAGGAAAUCAGCAUUCUCCACUUUCUACUCCCAAUCGAAACCAAGCACGGGCAUCUAAAGUAGCUCUAAAUGCUGGACCAAAAGGUAGCACAGCCACUGUUGUAAAGUCACCCAAGUCUCCGAAAAUGAAAGAACUAGAGGAGCAUAGCCAGCAACAGUUGACUUUGUUACCAUCUGAUAUGCUAAGGACUGUGAGUCCUUCUCAUCCACCUCACCCAACUCAGCUUUUUCGGACAGUCCAUGUAAUGCCUGGACAGGGUAUGCCUGAUCAAGGCUUAACAUGCACCAUUCAAAAUGAUACAAUGUCUCCUGUACAGACUAUCAGAACGAUCCAGUCUCCAGGCCAGGUGCCAGUUGUGGUGUCACCCGGCAGUCAACAGCUGCAUACUGUAACACUCCAAACAGUGCCUCUCACCACAGUCAUAACAAGCACAGACCCCACCGCACCAGCAGGGUCACAGAAAUUUAUACUUCAAGCCAUUCCUUCGGCACAGCCGAUGACCGUACUCAAGGAUAACAUGUUGCUACACCCUCAGAGAGACGGCUCGCCUCCAGCAUCCAUUGUCCUGAGCUCCAGCCAGGUUCAGCAAGUUCUCAAUGGCAACGUUCAUGGUCUUUGCAAUGGAACAGUAAGCGUGCCUUCAUCUCCAUCCUUCAGUGCAACCACUCCAGUUAUGACCUUCUCAACAAGCACUUCGCCUCUGCUUAACCAGACUCCGGGCACGGUCAUCACAUCAGUUAUCAAAUCCCCAGAGUCCAAACAAACACUUCUUUUUUCCACCAGUGACCAGGACCCAGAGGAGACAGCUGAGCAAACUGAGCAGAAAUAUCAGCCUCCAUGUGUCCUGGUGGUAUCAAGUCCAAAUGGAUAUCCAGCCCACAUGGAAAUAAAAAAGGAAAACGACCCAUGGGAAUUUGACUCAAAUUGAUAAAUAGAAAUUCUCUAUAUAUUUAAGAUUUUCCAAAUGUGAUGGGAUCUUCCUUAAUAUUCUAUAUAUUUUUCCAAAACACAUCUAUAUUUUUCAUAAAUCCUCUUUCCGGUAUGCAAUAUCCUUGCAGUAAAACUUUUUUUUUAUUUCUGUUCAGUUGGUUAUGAUUCUAAGCUUUUCUUUUUAUUAUUUUUCCACACUCUGGAAUCUUAUUCAGGAAAGUCUAUAUUCUUCAUAAAGAAUUCCACUUGGGCGUAUCGCUUAUUCCAGCAUACCUACGUUGAAGGAAUGUGCCUUUUUUUUGUCCUGUGAGGACAAAGUGUAUGAUGCAAAUAUUUUUAAAGCUGUUUUUUGACAAUCUUUCAGUGUGUUCUUUAAGCUGUGCUUUCUGUAAAUUCUAUUUUGUUAGUCUGUAAAUAAGAAAAGCCAAUACAGCUGUGUAUUCUAGCUAUCUCUUUCUGUAUCUCCACACUGAUCCCUGACUACUCAAGAGCCAGAAUAUAAAAUAUCCGAGGAAUCAGAUGUAACAUCACUGAGUUUUGCACUGCUUUGACGGCAUUUUUUCCAGUCUGUUCUGUGUUUUUACCCUGGUAUAUCUAUAGCAAUAACUACUGUGCCUUUGUUUAAUCCAGCUAUACAUUACAUUAGAUUAUUGCAGGUAUCAUGAAAGCAAUGUAAUGGUAUAGAGGAUCAUUUUUAUAUGUAAAUAAUGUACAUUCACCUACAAUUCUGGAAAGAAAUGCUAAAUAUCAAAUUGAUACAAAAAAAUUCUGUGCAUUCAAAAAAUUCCAACAAAGCAAAUAAAUUUUAUAGACUCAAGAGAUCUAUAUAUGUUUAGAGUUCAGAUGUUAUACUAUAUUGAUAGAGAUAAAAUUUGUAUUUAAAAAUGUUAAACUGAUGACAUACUUUUCAAACUGUUUUUGUAUUUUUAAUUGGUUUAUUAAAAAAAAUAAAUCUACGUUCACAGAAAAACA